AGCGCCGUGUCGGGAGGUGGUGUGUGAGUGGGCGCGCGGUCUGUUGAAUCCAGCGCGGUGCGGCGACCGCCGCCGUUCGUGAUGCGAGAGUGACACCUCGACCUAACCCGCGCUACCACAUCCCUCGAGCGCGCGACUCCGUGCUGCAUCCGGGUGAGCAUCCUGAGCGUUGGCCUUUCUGUGAGACUGCUUCGCGGAACUUAAGUGCGGCGUGCUUCAUGUGUCAAGUGGCGGUGCUGUAAGGAAGACAGCAGGUCUCCGUGGACCCGGCGAUUUGUUUGCGCCGCCCGGGUCGUUUCUUCUGCGAAGAGGAGGAAUUGCCUGGUGAAAAAUGAAAUCUGGAUCUCCAACGAACAUGUAUGCCUCAUGUCCUCAUCUGGAUGAUUCUCAUGACACAAAACAUGAUAAAGAAAUGUCUUUGGAAGAUAAGGCUGUCCAUGAAUUAACUGCCAAAUAUGACAGCUAUCAAGGAUUAAUGCAGCAACGACGUUUAUCCUCAGUUGAUGGAAGUGAAACUGCCAGUAGUGCUGGUGCUGAAUCUACAGAAGCAGCUGGUCAAGUGUCAGAUCAUGAGCGAAUGCAAGUUGAAAUAUUUUUUCGGAGUCUAAAAACUCAGGUAUUUGUUUGUGGCUCCCUUGCAAAUUUAUAUGUUGGAUCUACAGCUUCUGAAGGUGACUGGGAAUUGAAGCACACUGGAAUACCUGUCUUGAUUCUGGACAGUGGAGAAGCUCGAUCACGUGAUAAACGUCGCAUACAGAUUUUGUUGGCUGAACGAGGAACAUGUUUCACUCUUUGGAGGGACACAAUUGACAAUCUUACAUCAUACCGAGUGGCCGGUCAUGCAUUUCACACUAUGCACUUGUCAUCUGAUCACUCAUGCUUAAUUGGCUUUAGCUUUGACAGUGUUUCUGCAGCUGCAGAAAUGUGGAACCAUGUUGAGAAGCUCACAUCUUCUCCAGAAAACAUCAGUUUGUCAGUUCCUGGGCGCCGUAAUCGCAAACCUCGACGUGCUCCUAAACCACAACCACUACCAAAUAAGUCCAACAUAUCUCAGCCAUGCUGUUUUCAACAUAUUACAAGUGUUGAUGCUGGUGAUAGGUCACGAUAUUUCUCAUUGCAAACUCUUGUUCCUGUAUUUUCAACUCAAAAUAAGGAGCAAGGAACAGAGCUUUAAGAAUACUAAGACUGAUAUACUACAGACAUUAAGAAAUUAACACUAUUUGUUUUAAUCAGAACUAAGGAAAGUGAGUUUGUAUAUUAUGGGAAUACUGUUCAUUAAAAAUACUAUUGUUGAGCUUAUUUGCAAUAUGUAAUUGGCAGCUAUAAAGUGUCUUGAUAAUUUUUUUUUCUUUUCACAAAUCAGUACUAUCGGAUAUUUCAUACAGAUCAAAUACCAAUUAAUGUACAAAGUAUAAAACGGCAAAAUUUUGAAUAAUGCUCAGAACAUUAGUAAUGAUCUGUGAACUGUUCUCUCUGAUAUGAUUUUUUCACUUUCCACUUUAAAAAUAUGUUUUUCAGAGAGAAAUUACUUUGAAGUCAUCAUAAAUUCUGUGUUGCAAUCCUAGCAAUUCCAAUGGCUUUACAUUUGGAAUGUUGGUAGUAGACAACUGAGAACAAUUUUCCUGCAAGUUUAUUUGAGAUGAUUGUGCCAUUCUCCAGAUUUGAUACCCCUUGUACCAGGGAUGUGGACAUAUCGUUUGCCAAUUUAGUAGCACUAAUCAUGUGGUAUUUAAUUCAAUGUAAAUAAACAUUCCUUUAUUGGAACUACGUAAGAAACUUUUCAUAUUAAUUUCCAAUUCUCUCUGAAGGUAAGACAUGAACAUUGAAGAGAGAAGACAUGUUGUAAUGAUUGCUGAUUUCAAGGUGUGGUAUUGUAGUUACAAAAAUGUGUGUCUCUUCAAUUAUAAAGAAGAUGUUGAAAAAAAAAAAUUAAAUUAUAUUGUGAUAAGAAAAGAAUGUUAUGAAAAAAUAUGUGAAGUAUUUUAUGUUCAAAAUAGUGGACAAAUGUAGCCCAAAUCUAGUUUUCUUUUAAAGAAUUUAUUAAGAAAAUUCCAUGAAAGGAGAAGAUUGGAAUACAGAAAUGAAAUGGACAUGAUGAUAUUGUAGUUAUUUCUUUCAUGAUGGAUAGAAAUUAGAACAAUUUUGCACUGAAGAUUUUGUGUGAAAAGUGUUAAACAGUAAGAAAAAAUAUCUAUUAUUCUUUAAAAAAUAAUGAACAAUUGAAUUAGAAAAUCUUGUUAUUAUACUGUUAUAAGGUAUAUUUUUUUUAAGUAUAUCAGCAAAGAUGUAAGAUAUUGUCCUUAGAAAAAAGGGAAUUUAUUUUGAUGUUUGUGACUGAUGCAAGUGUAGGUGCUUAUAUUGUGCAGAUUAUUUUCUGGAAAUGGAAAUGUAAUUUAUGAAUUAACCCAAGACACUGUGAGCUGAUUGACAAGUGUAUAGAUACUGUGAAAUAACUGACUUAGUUAUCUUACCAGACUGCUUUAAAAGAAGAGUCACAUCAUUAAUUGCAAAUUUUGAUGUGAUUGCAGAGGCCUUAUGUGUGAAUUAUUUCUAACAUGAAAUUAUGUCAUUUAGGAAAAUAAUUUGGUCAUAUUCUGUCAUGUAACAUAUAUUUCCAAACGAAAGUUCUGCUUCAAAUUUUUCUUCUGUAUUUUGUGUUUUGAAAUAUUUAAUUCUGAAGAAUUUUGAAAAUAUGAAUUUGUAAAGAAUAUUAUAUUAUAUGAACAAUGACAAAAUGAAAUUUAUUUUAAGAUUAUUUGUGUACUUAUGUUACAAGCAGUUCAUAAGAUGAAAUAUCUUGAGAGAUGAUUUUUAAUACUAUUUCAGGUAAUUUCUAAGGUAUCUGCUCUUCAAAAUUAUAGAAUCUCUCUUGCUAUUAUGUGACUGGAUGCAUUCUCUGGCAUUGAAAAGAUUUCAUCUUUCCUUUUUUCUUCAUUAAUUUUCUUCAUAUAAAUUGCCCCAUAUAAAUUGCCAUGAAAAGCAACCUCCAAAAAAUAUGUAUUUAUAUAAAAUUAUUUCCUCAAUUGUUGAGGAAUCCCUUUUAGUAUGAAAUGUGUUAGUAGAGUCUAGAACACUGUGAAAUACAUUUGUUAGUCUAUGUUGUUUAUAAUGGCAUUAUCAGUUUUAUGAUUCAAAUAAUUUAUUAGUAAUAUAAUAAAUCAAUUUAUUUGCAAUCUAAUAUUGCCAAAGCUUAGUUACAUACAUUAUUUUCAUUAUGUGAAAUUUAAAACAUUCUUAAAGCAAAGAAAAUAGUUCAAAAUUUAAUAUAAAGAAAAACACACUUUAACAUGUUUAAAGCCAUUUGAUUUACAGAAUUUGAGUGUAGUGAUAAUCUAAUAUAAUUACCAAUAGAAAAUACUUCAAAUGGCCUUGGCAAAAAUUAACAGUAUUUACAAUUCAAAAUGGAAAUGUCUAUUUAACGAUGUUUCUUAGUGACCUACUUUCCUGCGAGAUCUUUCAAUAGCAUCUCUCUUCAAACUUGUAACUAUUUUAGAUUUACUGGAUAUCUUUUAUAUGCAGACACACAGAUAUAUUUGCAUUCCUUUCCAUGCAUAUUGUAUUUUUUAAAGAUUUUCUCUGCCACAUGAUGUAAAACCACUCUGUAAUACUGGAUAAAAUAUUCUAACACUUUUAUUUUAAGCAUUAUUGCUUAAAAUUAGGACAAACAAAACUAUAAAAUACCAAAUGUAUUGUAAUAAAAUUAUAUCAAUAUUUUAAUUUGUUUUCUGAAGUUAUAUUUGUAUAAACCAAAGAUUAGACAUGUUAUUUUUACAAUUAUUACAUCAAAAUUUGAACUGAUACAUGACUUUGGAUUUAUAUCCAUUGUACAUUCAAAAGAUUUACAGAUCCUACAAACCUAAUUUCAUUUAUGCUAUGAAACAUUUUGGAAUUGGAAAUAUUUGGCAUCCUUGUUUUUAUAUGAAGAAUUCUACUUAAUUUAAUCAAUCAACAUUAUUUGUUCUAUCAUUGUAAUAUCAUAUAUUGACGUGUGUAAGUUAAAAAUUAAUAUGCUUAAUUUGCUGAAUGUUGUUUCAUAUUGAGAAUAUAGAGCAACAUUGUUACAUUUUGUUUUAAUGUACAUUAAGAAUGACAUGCUGCCAUCAGCAAAAUAUAUUAUAUGUCACUGAGUCUUGUAGAAAAUCAUGUAGAAAACUUGUUCACCCAUUUAAUUAAUGUAUGCUUGUGUUUCUUAAAUAAAGCAAAGAAAACUUU